AUGCGAAUUGAUGCUUUGGUUUUAUCGUCCAUUACUUCUCCAACUCCAGCAGUGAAGAUUGACAUAAACCAAUGGCCAUAUUUGAGAGACAUAGAUUUGGCGGACAACCGUUUCGGUACGCCUGGAACUAUCGACGUUCUGAUCGGCGCGGACGUGUGGGGGCGACUCAUUGAAGGUAAAGUCAUCGGUGGAGGACCAGACGAACCUUUUGCCCAGCGUACCCGCUUUGGAUGGGUGGUGUUUGGCCCAACAGCAGUGACCCUUCCUGCACAGGAAUCAUUGCUCACCCUAACCACUUCGCUAGACAGGGAGGACCACCGGUUGGAGGAACUGGUGUCCAAAUUUUGGCAAAUGGAGGAAAUAGCAGUGGUUGACGAUCUGCCAGAGAAUGAAUGUGCGCAGAUCUUCGAGACCACUCAUAGCCGUACCUUAGACGGCCGUUAUAUCGUACACUUACCUUUGCGACGAAAGGCAACGGAACUAGGUGACUCUUACGCACUGGCAUUACGGCAAUUUCAUAGACUGGAGCGUCGCAUGGUUGCGGAUCCAGUCCUUAGGGAAAACUACAUUUCAUUUAUGAGGGAGUAUGCAGCACUCGGACACAUGGAACUAGUACAACCACCUUAUGAUCAUACCAAUUGCUACUACAUUCCUCAUCAUGCGGUCACAACGAAGUUCCGCGUGGUGUUCAACGCUUCGGCACCUACCAGCACUGGAAUCUCACUGAACGAUGUUCAACUGGUAGGUCCGACCCUACAGGAUUCGCUGAGUAGUAUACUUUUACGUUUUCGGCGCUAUCGAGUGGCGAUAACUGCGGACAUAGAGAAGAUGUUCAGGCAAGUAUUGGUUGCAUCUGAACAUCGCGACUAUCAACGAAUUAUAUGGCGAGAGACUCCUGCAGACGAGAUCCAGGUGUAUCGCCUGAAGACCAUCACAUAUGGCAUGGCAUGCAGUCCUUACAAUGCAGUACGAGCCCUACAACAAUGUGCUUAUGAUAAUUCAGCUGUGGUUCCCGAAAGGCAACAAGGGACGCGGGCUCGAGCUGCGAUAUUAACCUCGUUUUAUGUUGACGACUUCUUAACGAGUUGUGAAAGCGUUACCGAAGCAGUGGAGCUGGCUAAGAACGUGGACGCCAUCUUAUCUGCGGGACAGUUCACUCUAAGGAAAUGGAACUCGAACGAUAGUCAGGUAAUGAUUCGUUUAUCUAAUGAGCCGUCACUUUCUAAUUAUGUCUUCCAUGCUGGUGAGGCUUCCGUUUUGGGCUUAAGAUGGGACGCACUGGAGGAUCAGUUAUUCUUUCGCGUCGAGUUAUGUCAAGGAGUAGAAAUUCCAACGAAGCGCCGUGUACUCAGCGAGGUGGCACGACUCUUCGAUCCUACUGGAUUCUUAUCGCCUGUUAUCGUAACAGGGAAAAUAUUCAUUCAGCGACUAUGGUCUGCGGGUCUAUCCUGGGACUCACCAUUACCUGAUGAUCUUUGCCGCGAAUGGCUGAAGUAUCGGUCACAGCUUCCGGAGCUCAAUCAAAUUCGUAUCGAACGGUGGAUGGGAAUGAUUCCACGCGUUCAGACAUCAUUUCAUGGGUUUUGCGAUGCCAGCUCACAUGCUUAUGCAGCAGUUAUUUACGCGAAGACGUCGAACACAAACGGUGCGAUGCGUUUCACACUUCUAACGGCACGUACCAAAGUGGCACCACUUAAAAUCGCUACCAUUCCACGCCUGGAACUUGCAGCAGCGCUGCUUCUUGCCGAGACAUUCCAGAACGUGCGAGAUUCUUUGGGAUUAGUUGACGUUCCCUACCAUCUGUGGUCGGACUCAGCAAUCGUAUUGUGUUGGCUCAGGAAGGAUCCAGCAACACUUAAACCAUUUAUAUCAAAUCGGGUUCGUAGAAUACAGGAGCUGACAUCCCCCGCCCGAUGGCAUCACAUUCGUUCGGCUCAUAACCCAGCUGAUUGUGCCAGUAGAGGUAUCACACCCGCCGAGCUAUUAGUACAUCCCCUUUGGUGGCAUGGACCUAAGGAGGCAGAGAUGAUGUAUGGGGACAGUAGUGAUGUUCCUCUCAGCAAGGAUGAGUCAGAUGUCUUACUCGCCGAAAACCGAAAUACCACCAAAUUUAUUGUACUCAUUUCACAUCCGUUGUAUACUCGUCGUCCAAACGGACACGCUAUUUUGUUAACUGAACGGUUCAGUAGUAUCACUCGAUUGUUGGGUACAUUGGCCAUUAUACUGCGCUGGUUAAGAAGGCGUCGACACUUUCGUCAACCGGUGAUCGUUGCUCAGGAGUUGGAAGACGCAUUAUACACUAUAAUCCGUUUAGAGCAAGAGGAACAUUUUGCAAAUGAAAUUCGACAAUUGACGUCUCGUUCAGGUUUGUCAUCUUCCAGUCGGAUAAUACCUUUAAACCCAUUCCUAGACAAGAACCAAAUCCUCCGUGUGGGGGGACGCAUCCAACAGGCCGAACUAGGGCAUGAUCAGCGAUUCCCGAUUAUUUUGCCAAAGUCAACGCCGUUGGUCAAGCUUUUACUAAAUCAGGCGCAUGAGAUUACACUGCAUGGAGGCACGCAACUCAUGCUGAACACUCUUCGUCAACGCUUCUGGAUUCUGAGUGCCAGGCAAGCAGUCAAGAGUUUCAUCCAUAACUGCACAGUAUGCCGCCGUCAUAGAGGGGAAGUCCUGAAGCAACAAAUGGCUUCCUUACCCGGGCAGAGGAUCAGAGCAGCAAGGCCGUUCAUAUCAUCUGGUGUCGAUUACUGUGGACCUUUUACGCUACGCAUCGGAACGAAACGCUCUCGAACGCACAUCAAGACGUACCUCGCAAUAUUCGUAUGCAUGGUUACCAAGGCCGUGCACAUUGAGGUGGUUGAUGACCUAUCGGCACAGGCCUUUCUAGAUACUUUUACUCGUUUCGUCAGCCGACGCGGUCCCUGCCGGGAUUUAUAUAGUGACAAUGGUACAGCCUUUGUUGGUGCCAACCGCCUUUUGAAGGAGGAUCUUGCAGCAUGGCAGGGUGAGAAUAAUCAGCGAUCGUUAGCAGAUUCGGGCACACGUUGGCAUUUCAUCACACCCAGUGCGCCACAUCAAGGAGGCCUCUGGGAGGCUGCUGUGAAGUCCGCUAAGCAUCAUUUGACACGAUGUGUGGGUACGCAGGUCAUGUGGUAUGGUCAACUACAGACACUAGCCGUAAGAAUAGAGGCCUGUCUCAAUUCCCGUCCUAUAACCCCACUUUACGACGAUCCUGAAGAGAAACUUGCAUUAACCCCAGGUGAUUUCCUGAUUGGGUCGCCACUCCUAGCGGUCCCUGAACCAGAUAUCAACCAUAUUCCUAGCAACCGGCUGAAACAAUGGCAAUGGAUACGUCAAAUUCAACAAGGAUUUUGGAAGCGGUGGAGUGAGGAGUAUCUAACCAUUCUGCAGAGACGCCACAAAUGGUUUCGACGCACGAGGAAUAUAAGGGUGGACGAUAUCGUUCUAGUCAAACAAGAGAACCUGCCUCCCACUCACUGGUGCCUGGGUCGAGUGACAACACUACAUCCCGGAGCGGAUGGAGUGGUCCGCAAUGUCACGUUGAGAACCGCUAGAGGAUACAUGAAACGAGCCAUCCAGAAACUAUGUCUAUUGAUAGAGAAGGAAGAUUUCGAGUCGACCGACUCGACCGGGCAGGAUGUUUAG